AUGGAGCGAUACGAGCGCGCGGUUGCUGGCCAGCGCGAGGGGGAAGAGGAGCAGGGAGGCGAGGUCCCGGUGCCGGGCGCGGUGGCCGGUGCCGAGGGCGGCAUGGCGCGCGAGGCCGCUUCCUCGGAGCACGAGGAUAUCUCGGGGACGGGUAAUGCAGGCGGCCAUGGCGCGGCCGAGUCGGAGAGCGACGACGAGGAGGAAAAUGAGGCUCUGACGGAGGAGUCGGUGGCGGUCGCUCCGGCGGGCAAUGCCGGUCGUGGGGUAGACUCCAGGAGCGCCCGGAACGAGGACCAUGAGGUGCCGGAGGAGAACCCUGCGGCGACUGAUCACUUCGAGCUUCGAGGGUUUCGACCCGCCAGGCGCGCGAUCAUGCGCGCUAUGCCGCCGUCGUCCUACCGCCACAUGCCGCUCCGAAGCAGGAAGCGGUACAAUCCGACUCGCUUGACCGACAAGGGAGGCGCAGGGUCGGGCGGCGCCAAUGCUCAUGAUCCUGGCACGUACUCAGAAGCAGCAGCAGGCGGUCCACCGCCUUCCGCCGGCUUCGCCUCAGCGCCGGCGACGCUGCGAUCCGCCGGUCCUUUUGCGAUGGUCAAUGCCAGCCAUGGCGCCAGGAAUGAAGCACUGGGCUCGACGGCGACACGCUCUGGUAUGGCCUAUGGCUCGUUCUUGGAUGCCAUAUUGCCACUUUCCCCAUUUCAUCUGAUCGGAACGAGGCGUGCGCCAGGGAUGGACGCCGCCGUCGCGAAGCCGAGUUCCGGCGAUCGCAAGAGCGGCACCAACGCGAAGGACGCGGCGGCGGCGUCCUCAUCAUGCCGCCUACCUUCUCGCAGCAGGAAGCAGCGCCGCCCCGAGCACUUCACCUCCGACUCCGAGGAAGCCGUGGCCGCAGCCCGCGCCAAGGCUCACCGGAGCAAUGCUGCUCUGGACAGGUUCCUCACGUCACAGGUUGGCGGACCAGGAGAGACUGACGGGAGCCCAAGGAUUCUCGCCAUCCUUGCCAUUCUCGGCGCUUCUCUGGCGCUCAGCGCGGCCUCUUGCCUGCUCUUCUACAUCGCCGGCCAGCAAACAGACCCUCCCGGGCCGUCCGACUCGCACAAGAAGGUAAGCGUCUCGUUUUUGUGAUGAUUCAGUGCUGGCCAGUUGCUGAAUUCUGGGCUCUUACUUGAAUCUGUCUGUUCUUCAGUGAGCGAUCCGAAUGGUUCAACU